CUUCCUAUCCCCCCCUCACGCUUUCUCCUCCCUCCCAGUUCCUGGCUGUGUCAAGCGGCGGCCGCCACCACCAACGUGGAGAGCAGAAAGCGGCCUCCGAACGGGCUCCUCGAGCCGAGGCGCGAGCGGUAACCGUUGGACGGUACCAACUGCCUUUCGUUGAGGAGAGACGCCCCGCCGGGCGGUACCGAUUGAGACAACCCCGCACCUGUUGGUUCUUUCUUUCUUUCAACCGCCUCCCCGCACCCACUCGGGGUUCCGGCGGCUCCCCCUCAGCGCGUCAGGCAGAGAAACGCCCGCUCGCCCCGCCGCAGCCGGCUCGAACCGGAGCAGCCGCCGCCAUGGCCGAGACCGAGGAGAGGAGCCUAGACGACUUCUUCGCCAAGAGGGACAAGAAGAAGCGGCGGGAGAAAGGGAGCCGGGGUGCCGCUGCUGCCGCCGCAUCCUCGGCCUCCUCCGCCUCCAGCGCGCCGGGGGGAGCUCGGCCGGCCGAGGGGGGCUCCGGAGCCGCCGCCAGCACCGCCUCCUCCGCCAGGGCGGCGGUUAAGGAAGAGGAUGAAUGGAAGGAAUUCGAGCAAAAAGAAGAGAUUGACUACAGUGGGCUCAGAGUUCAUUCCAUGCAAAUAAGUGAAAAAGAAGAUGAUGAAGGUGAAAAGAGAGAAGAACCAGGUGACAACUGGGAGGAGGCUGGUGGUGGUGUAGAGAGAGCAUCUGGUCCUUGGAACAAGACAGCUCCUAUGCAAGCACCUGUUGCUGAAACUAUUGUUACAGAAACCCCUGAACCAGUGCAAUCCAGUGGUGUAUACCGACCGCCUGGUGCUAGAGAGACCAGGACACGGAAAGCACCACAAGGACCACCAGAGAUCUAUAGUGAUACACAGUUUCCAUCAUUGCAAUCCACUGCCAAGCAUGCAGAUAGCCGAAAGGAUAAAGAAAUGGAGAAGAGCUUUGAAGUAGUAAGACACAAAAAUAGAGCCUAACAUCUUAUUCGCUUUCUUGACUGCAACUGCACAUUGAGCAGAGGUCUUCAUCGAGCUGUCCAUGGUGAUGCCUACAUCGUCUCCUUGAGAGAUAACAACUAAUUCAGAACCCAUCAAUGUGUAUGAAUGGUUAAAAUUAUUUCCAAUAUUCAUUACAUUGCAUUUGUUUCUGUUGAAUUGUAUCUGCCUUUGUCUUGCCCAAUUAUAAAGUUUGUUAGUUUCUUCUGGCAUUCACCAUCCUCCCUAGUGUUGGCAAACCUAAUGUACAUUGACAGCAGUUUUUGCCACCAUGCUAUUCACUCAAUCUUCAGCUCACAAACAUAUACCACCAUUCUUGCCAGUAAUCGCCGUGGCAUGCCCCAUUAGCUUCAGUUUAUGUGCAGACUUGAUAAUUUCUUCUUGUUCUUUAUUUCCUGGCUUUUAUCCUUCUAAGUUAUAUUUUCUUACUGGUUCAAUUGUGAUAGCAAAGAAAUCAUCGAGUCAUGACCUUGUCCCAUCUUCCUGAAUUCAUAUGUAUAUUGCAGUCUUCAUUGGUUAAAAUAUCUUCGUGUUUUAUUUUUAAACUGAAAACCAAAUUCCUGAUCCUGCAUCUCUUUCCGAAAAUAUGAAAAUUUCUUAGAUAAUUUCCUUUGUGCUAGCAGCAUCUCCCACAAUUCUGGAUAUCUGGGCUGCUCUCUCUCUGAGGCUCACGGAAAUGGAUCAGUGUUUUGGCAUUACAUGGUCUGGCCAUACCUCUCUGCUCCUGCUUGCUGCCAGAUGAGUUAUUCCCAAGAUGUGAAAGCUGCGUAACAUUAACAAACAUUCCAGAGAUGAUAAAAUAACUAUGUACAUUAGACCUAGGAAGAUGGUAAUGAUUCCAUUUAAUAUCUGACUGACUCAUGAGCCAUCCGGGGGCAUAGGAUUGUGGGAGACUACUAGUAGAAAGGAAAUCAUCAGUUAGAAAUUUCUGUACUGCAGACCAGAGUCUCCCACAAUUCUGGACAUCUGGGAAAUAGCAAGCAGUGAAGGGAGGUAGGGAGAGUUAUGAAAUAAAAAUUUGGUAGCAAGGAAGUGCGUGAGCUCACUCAAAAUCUGUACUAUUUUUUAACCACUGCCUGCGGCACCUGUUUUCCAAAGGAAGCCUCUGCAGAAGAUAGAAGGUCUACUUUGUCGUGCUUAAUGAAGUUGUUAGCUGUAGAUCAAGUGGCCGCUUUGGAAAUUUCCAAAGAGGACACGCUUGCUCAUUCUGCCCAUGAGGUUGCUAAGGAUCUUGUGGCAUGCCCCUUGAUCUCCUGGGAGAGUGGCCUCUGGUGAUCUGUAGGCUUCCACAAUACAUAAUCUAAUCCACCUACUGAUGGAGGACUUGGAAGUUCUGAUUCCCUAACAUUUUGGGUGGAAGGAUACAAAUAGGGAACCCAGUCAUAGAUUCGGUAUACUUGAGAUAGAUAUUCAAUGCUCUUCUCACCUCUAAGGUGGACCACACCUUUUCAGUUGGAUAUUGUAGUUUUGGACAGAAUGAAGGAAACACAACUUCUUGGGAAGUGUGGAAGGAAGAAUUUACCUUGCAAAGAAAAGAUUCUGAUGUCCCUAAGCAACACCUUUGUCCUUGUGGAACACGCAGUAAGGCUCCAGUAUAGAUAAGGCUGCCAGUUCCAAAUGCUCACCUGGCAGACAUGACAACUGCUAAGAAACACAUCUUAAUGGAUAAAUAAAUAAAAGUCAGAGGCUCGAAGGGAUGGCUUAUCAGAGCCCUCAAAACUAGAAGAUGGUCCCAUUUUGGGAAGAGUGACUUGACUGCUGGUCUGGUUAAUUGGACUGUUUGAAGGAAUCUGGCUACCUGUGGAUUGUCUGCCAGAGAGCCCAGGGAUCAUGUGAACAGCAAUCUACUAAGAGCAGACAUCUGACAUGUAAUGGUAUUGGCCUGAAGGCCUCUUUCUAUGCCUUCUUAGAGAAAGUCCAGAAUGGUUGGAAUGCCUGGGAUUUGCAUUGUGGUCUUGGCACCAGUUGUUGAUUCUGGGCUAGAUUGAGGAGUAUAUUUUUAGUGUUGAUACUCUCCUAGAUGAAAGCAAUGACUUAAUUACUAUGGAGGACAGAUUGAGACCGAGCUGUCAGUUGAAGCCGUUUUGGGCCUGGAUUAAGACGAGGACCUUGCGAGAGGAUAUCCAGUCUCCAUGGAAGCAGGAGAGGGUAUUCCAGUUUCUGCUCCAUCAGUUUGGAGAACCAAGGUCUCCUCAGCCAAUGAAAAGUUAUCAAUAUUAACAUCACCUGUUCUUGUUUUAUUUUCUGAACCUCUUUCCCCAGUAGUGGAAACGUGGAAAGUAGGCUCUGCGGCUAACUCUGCGAGGAGGCCUGUAUUCCCAUUUACCUGGGAUCUACCUCCCUGGUGAAGUAUUUUUGUCUCUGUACAUUUGUACAAUUAGCAAAGUGGUCAGUUGAAGGGAGGCCCAAUGUUUUAAUGAUGAGAUCAAAAACUUUCUAAUUCAGGCACCAAUCGGAGUUGUUGACCCUGUGUCUGCUGAGCCAGGGUGUUUUUGGCUCAGGUCUCCUUUGAUGUGGAUUGCUCCAAGGGAAAGAGGAACUGUUCCACCCAUCUCAUUAUUUCCAUUACUUCUGCAUGUAGUGCUGGACUCCUUGUUCCCCUUUGGUUGUUUAUACGGGUGACUGUAUUCAUAUUAUCUGAUUGAACCAGGCUGUGGCGGGCUGGAACCUUUGCAGAGCUCGCUUGACCGCUUUCAGCUCUAGGAGGCUUAUGUCUUGAGCCUUUUUCUCCUCAUUCCACAGACCCUGGGGUUGCCAGCCCUCUAUGGGAGGAUUUUGAGGCUUAUUCUCAGGAACCUGCUCAGGUUUCAGAGCCAGACAGCUGACCUUCCUCGGUGGAGGAGUCGUCAGAGGACUCCUGGAUUUCUUGUGCUUUUUCCUUCCCCCGUUUAGCCUGUUUAGGUUUGUUUUUAAUCUUUUUUGUGCACUUUGGGAGCGUAGCUCUGCUGCAGCCUUGGUGAGGCCUUUUGUGGCCUACCUUCCGUCGGGCCUGGAGCCCUCUUGAGGGAUCUGUCUCAGAAUCCUCCCUGCUGACUCCCAUUCCCCCUGGAAGGGUGAGAGGAGUGAACUCCUUGUUAUGGGAGGGAGGGGGGCUGAUUAGAAGCCCUGCAUCUUUCCUCAAGGCACUCAAGACCCACUUGAUGACUUGGGGGGAGGACUUGUGACCUCCCCUCUUUGUUCAGCAAGGAUCCAUUGGGACUUACACCCUGAAUGGUCGGGGUCCUCCUUGCAUUUGAUGCCUCUCCCUGCUCUGCAGUGGGAUUUGUGGUCCAGCUCCUCCUCCCUCCCCCCGCCCUUUGGAUUCACAGCUGCAUCAGUGGAUGGGGGACCCCACUUGCCUGUCUGACUUGUAGCCCUGGGACCUAAUGGGAGUUAGGGAUGGAAGCCUGGGUGCAGGCUGAACACAACUUGCUAUCUGUGAGCCUGGGAAGGCUGCCUCGCAUAUGCAGUCCUGCUUGGAUUUGACCUAGUGCUUUCUUGGCUGCUUUGCUAUGCCUGUAUGGGACAGGCUCAGGGAGGGUUAAACCCCUGUGGAUUUAACUGGCCAGGGGAGGAGAAGGAAUACUGAGGGACAACACUGCUCCCCACUACCCAAAAAACAGGGCAGAAAAGUUUUAAAAUAGGUGUGAGGGCAGAAACAAAAGAAACCACCACUGGCUGCUGCUACAGGAGGCAGAGAAUUUGACAGCAAGCAGGAGCAGAGGUGCUGUGGUCAGAUUUUGUGGUUCCAAAACACUGAUCUGCCUCCAUGAGCUACAGAAUAGUCCAGAUGUCCAUUUUGGUGGGAGAUGCUGGGCUGCAGAAAACACCAGACUUGUCCAGACCAGAUUGAAACUGUAAACACAGCUUGUCAUUUACAGGAGCAUACUGGAGAACUAAUGUAGUGCUAGGCAUAUACAACAGAUGCCUGACUCUGAUUUCAUUCUUGUGUAACUUCAUUGACAUCAGUGGAGUUACUCCUGAUUUACUCUCCUUUGAGAUCAGCUUCAGAUCCAUUAGAGCUUGGGCUGGGACUUCUUUUGAAGUCUGUGUUGUUUUCUUGUUCUCUUUUGGCUACUUAACAAGCUGAACUUGUUGAAGUCUUAUACUUCACUCAUUUUGAAAGCAAUUAAUGAAGCAAAAAUUAUACCCUCCAGCAGACUCUGUUUCUCCAAGCCCUCCUAAUCAGGACAGUGGCUUAACUGGCAUAGUGCUGUUUCUGCUGAAGUAUGCUAAGCAAAUAGAUUUCACGCUGUUAUUUAAGAAACAGUAACCCAUUUCUUUUGCAUUUAGUUACUACAGCAAGAUAGAAGGAAGAGUGGUCAAAAUAGGGAAGUAGUAAUAGCUAUAAAGCAGAGUGAGGCAGUAACUAGUUGCUAGUUCAACCACAGAACUUGUGCUUUUGGACACAGUGAUGUAGCCAGAUGUUAGGAAAAUCUUUAAAGAUAUGGGAGGGUGCUUUGCAAAGAAUUUUAAGAGAACGUCUCGGUGCACAAUAAGUUGAUAUUGAACUUGCUUUCAAAUAUCAUACAUUGGAACAUCAAGCUGCAACAAUUUAGUAUUUCUAAUUCCAGCUUAAACAAUGGUGAAAAGGAGCAAAAACAGACAAAUAGCUACCAUAAUGUCUAACAUAGUUCAAAGUCUACCAGAUGUCUGGGAAAAAUUAUGGCUGGUGAUGGUUUGGUACGACAGAAAUUUUUUUAAUUUAAAUUGAAGUAGAAUCACAAUUCGACCUGGUUCUGUGAAUCCCCAGAUGGACCCCACAGUUUGUAGUAGAAGAUUGAUGAUGGCCCUUAUAAUGUAUAUUUAUGGUCAUAAAGAAGUUAGUACAUUGGGCAACAAUUUUGGCAGUGAAUUUUACUAUGGUUUACUAAUUACAGCUUCUGCAUAUGACUCAGCUUCCAAACUUGUAGCAUGCACACCUCUUGUCCUUUAUCCCCUAUCCAACGCUGUAUUUUGUGACAGUUCCUCUGAAGAAAGCUAAAGAAAAUAAAAUUUAUUUUAUCUUUUA